AUGUGGAAACGUGGGAGAAUUGCUAAGAAGACCACCGAGAUCGAGGAUGACGUACCCACAUCGCUCAGAACUUUCACCUUCCGAAAGUUGCAGGUUGCUACGAAGAAUUUCAGGCAUAAGCUGGGAAGUGGAUCAUUCGGCUCUGUAGUCAAAGGAACUCUACCAGACAACACACUAGUCGCUGUCAAAAAGUUAGGGAGUUUAGCUCAAGCAGAAAAGCAAUUCCGUGCAGAAAUAAGUACCAUUGGUAAAAUACAGCAUGUGAAUCUGGUUAGGCUAUGGGGAUUUUGUGCAGAGGGAUCUCAAAGGCUACUCCUUUAUGAGUACAUGCCCAACGGCUCUCUUGCCUCCUUCCUGAUCCGCAGGAAAGACGGAGAAGUGGAAGGAAAGUUAUUGAAUUGGAAAACUAGAUUUCAGAUAGCAUUGGGCACUGCACGAGGAUUAGCUCAUCUCCACGAGGAAUGCACAGAUCGCGUCAUUCACUGUGAUAUUAAGCCAGAAAACAUUCUCCUUGACGCCCAGUUUUGUCCCAAAGUAGCUGAUUUUGGGCUGGCAAAGCUGGUGGGUACAGAUUUCAGCCGGGUACUGACAACCACGAGAGGCACGAGAGGUUAUUUGGCUCCAGAGUGGAUCUCCGGUCUUCCCAUCACUCCCAAGGCGGAUGUAUGUAGCUUUGGUAUGACACUCCUGGAGAUUAUAUCGGGCCGAAGGAAUGUGGACCUGAAUGCGCACGACUCCAACUGCUAUUACUUCCCUCCCUGGGCCGCUGAUCAAAUCCAGAGCGGAAACCUGAUGGGUAUUGUUGAUGGGAGGAUAUCGGGAGAGGCAGAUGGUGAAGAGGUGCGAAGGGCUGUUACGGCAAGCAUAUUGUGCAUUCAAGGAGACGAGAAUGUUAGGCCAACCAUGGCUCAAGUCGUGCAAAUACUCCAAGGGACAAUUGACACCAACGCACCACAGUUUCAGACGUCUCUCGAUAGUCUUCGAGAUCAUCAUGGAGGCGAGGAAGAUAGUGAUCUAAUUUAA